AGAGAAAAUACCAAAUAGAUUUGUUUCUUCUCAAUAUGGCCACAAUGUUCAUCAAACACAUCAUGUUUCCUUUAUCGUUGUUAUUACUCGUGUUCAUUGCGUCUCCAACUACAAACGCGAUGCUUAUCAAAGACAUGUACACAUUUUGCAAGGAGACAGCUGAUGUGGAUUUCUGCUUGAAAUACAUUGGAACGGACAAACGUAUAUUAGCCGCAAAAGACUUCAACGACGUUCUUUUAAUUGCGUUUUCUCAGUGCAAAAUCCAAGUGAGCGAGGCAACCAAACAAAUCAACAAAGUCCGUCAAAACUUUAGUGGUCCGAAUGGGAAAAGACGAAUCAAACGUUGUGAGAUAAACUAUGGGCUAGCUUCCGCUUUUUUCGAUGAAGCUUAUGAAAUAGGAAUACUAAAAGGGGUACAAAACAAAGCUCACAAUGCCGCAUUGGAUGGCUUAGACUAUGUGCGUGCAUGCGAAGACGAAUGGAAGAUGAAUGGUCCAGUACAAAAGUCUCCUCUCACUUUCUAUAACACAAAUAUUGACAAACUAUUUUCUAUUAUUUUUAUUAUUGUCCAGAAGCUUAAUGGCUAGAUGUCCUCUAAACGGGUCUUGGAAGGAAGCAACUCCUUGUUAUGGGCAAAUAGUUUAAGGCAAAUACUAUAUCGUUGAAUGCUACACUUUCGAAAUAGAAUUGUUUAGAGAUG